AUGGCUCUCAAUUGGGAUGCAUUCCUCAAUGCUGAGAGUCUGAAUAUACCGCACGACCAAUGGCCCGAUCUUUCAGCACCUACAACAGGUCCUCCGUCUUCUGAUAUGCCAAAGUCCAUCUCCUCGCAGACUUCUGGGUCCGCGCCCGAGGACGCCACUGCUUUCAACACUUUUCCCAAUGGUACAUCAGCCGACCCCUACUUCGACGACUCAUUAUUCAUAUCGAACGACUACUUCUUGAGCGAUCUUGAAGUGUUACAGCCGUAUGGCAAUAUCGUCUCCGCAGGUGGUUCAAUAUCAGAAUCCUCACCUGAGCCUUCCACUGCUGCUGCCAACAUCUCCGCUUACCAGACCCCCGGUUCGAUAUCGAAAAACUCUAAUCAGUCGCUCCAGAUGGCGUCAUUACGUAGGCAGUCAGUCCAACCCGCCGACACACUCCCUAACCCGACCUACGAGUCCAUGCUCCCCAACAACCUCGAGACAGGCUUCGAAGAAGACCUCACCUUCCCGAAUGGGGUCAAGGAAUCAUCAGCCCCAUUAAAGUCAGCACUCGACCGGAAGAGGACGUCUAUAGACCUCGUCAAGAAGCGCAACAAGAACAAGCCGGACAUCCUGUCUGCAUGCUGGACGUCACCACUGUGUCCCAACCACGAUCAAGAUGGACCGCCGCCUAACCCCUCUACAUGUGGCGGGGGCUGCGCUCCCUUCCUGUUUGCGGACCAAGAUAACCUGCCCAACAUCAACAACCUAUUGGCGGAAGCUCAAGCGGUCACUGCUGAGGACGGCAUCGUCGAGAUCCAGCCUCGACGAAAGAAGCGUUCGGAGAGUGAGGCAUCUGCUGGCGAAACCACAGGACGUUCAUUCCAGCAGCCCGCUAAGACAGCCGCCGAACUUGUGGCUGAGGCAAGGCAACGUAUGGAGAUACAGACCAUAGAAGACUCUCCUGUCCAUGAAUCUCCGCCUGCAGCAGCUGAUGACAAGCCCAAAGCCCGCCGUCGACUACCUCACAACCAGGUUGAGCGCAAAUACCGCGAAUCACUCAACACCCAGCUCGAGUCCCUCCGUCGUGUCGUCCCUUCCCUGCAACAAAACGCCCGCAUUUGCGAUGGUGCCGACAUCGAAGACCUGUCAACACCCUCGAAACCUAGCAAGGCUGUCAUUCUUGCUUCAGCGACAGCCCACAUCAAGCAACAAGAGAAGGACAAGAAGGUUCUCGCUGACGAAAAUGCCCUCCUGCGGGCACGGGUCAAGGCACUACAAGCCCUUGUCAAGUGCGACGACUGCAGCUUGAUGCAGUACGUUAUGGACAUGAAGAUCAAUCAGGUGAAGUGA